CUUCAUGACUGCUUGUUUGUGCAAGGAAAAGAGUAGUGAAGCAGCUGUGAUCAUGCGGUGAGUUCUUGUUCACAGUAAGCCAUUAACCAUGUAGUGUGCAACACUUGCCACCUCCUACCCCACCCUAUUUCUCAUGUAUAUUCAUUUCCUUUGUCAUAGCCAAGGAAUUUCCACUUACUUAAAACUAGGAUCCUCAAAAUAUGAAAUGAGCCCCUGUGUGGAGCUGAACAGGUGUUUUUUUGUGGGGUGUGGAGUUACAUCAUGACUCAGUUCUUACUGAUUACUUGAAUGUGCAAGGAGGUAAAGCAUAGAGCACUUCUUCCCAGUUUCCAGUCAUAAUAUAGACAGCUCUGAGGCAACUCCUUAGUUUUAUUGACAAAUGAUGCAGAGACAAUAUUGCCACCCCCCUUAAAAUGCUCAGUUUUUGCAAAUAAUUUUUUUUAAAAUCCCUCUUCUUGAAACCUGAUCCAGAGUGAUAUUUUCCCCUUUCCUAGAGACCUGUGCCUGAAACAAAAAUACAGUACACUCUGAACCCUUCUUGUCUGGUUAUAGUUAAUGUUUGGAGAGACUAACCAUAGUCUCGAGCUAUAUAUUGAGCCUCUUCCCUAAACUGUAUUGUUUGUUAUUCUUAUCUCUACCUCUUGACCUGCCUUGCUAGUAUCUGUUGGGUAUUGGGGAAGUGGUGCUUUUUCCAGUACUACUUUAGCAUCCUAUACAUAUCACAGAUAUGCUGUCCGUGGUUAUGCCACAAUAGUAAAAACUUCAAGUUUUGCUCAGAGUAGACCUGUUGAAAUUAAGGGACCUAAUUUAGUAAUGCUCAUUAAUUUCAAUGGGUCUAACUCUGUGUGAAACUCAGUUGAAUACCACUCAUUGCUGUUAUGUGGGUUUCCUCUUUUACUUUAGACAUCAUAAAACAUCUUGUCAGGAGAGGAAAUUUAAGCUUGAACAGUUCAAAUAGUUGCAGUGCAAGCUGUUCUCUGUUUUAAAUAUUUGUUGAGGGCUUCUUCAGAAACAAUAGCAUACUGUAUGCUUGCCAGUUCUGAUAUUUGCAGGCUUCAUAAAACAAAAAUGAUUUGUUGGUUGCCUAACAAUAAAUUGGCAGUGUUGUUCAGUUUCUUUAAAAAACAAACAAACCACAGAAGAGGUCUUAGUUUUUAUUGUAAAUCACCUUGGAACUUUCUCAGUGGAAAGUGAUGUAUAAUUCUAAAGUGUUGAGGUUAUUGUGCUUGAGGUUUGGGGGGGCACAUUUUUUAAAAUAAUAAUGAUAAAGUAAUAUAGGGAGAUAUGAGGUGGCUUUGCAGUAUGAUGUUGCACUGACUGGCAGACCCCAGACCUAAUUCCAAAUUUUGUUCAGUUCUCAUUAUUGGCCUUUAAGAGCCCCUCUGAAGUUCCAUAUCAGUCAGACACAUGCGUUUUUAUUUCAUAAACACACCAGUUGCACAACUGGUUACUACAAUGACUAUGUCAUUUCAGCUUUAGCUGGUUCACAUGUUGAACAAAAUUCCUUGCAUGUAUUUUACUGGUUUUCUGAGCUGCUCUUUCAUCAGCUGUACAUAUCACACCAUACUGUAAGAUAUGUGCAUCUACCUCGAGGUGAAAAGAUGCUCUCGGCAGGUGUGAGUUCCACAUCAUCCUCAGUGUAUGUGUUUAUGGAAAGGGGUACAGGGUGGCUCAGCAAACAGGUGUGGCAAUGAAAGUGGGUCAGGCAUUCUAGUAUCUGGUAGUGAGUACUUGCCAGCCCCAGGUUGUAUGAUGUGGGAGGUUGCACAAUAAAGGGCUUUGAACAAUGAAACACCUUAGAAUAAAUAUAUGUUCUUGUUCUCCAAACCUUCUACUAGCUAUCCUAUAUGGGAGGGGACAAUAGUUCAGUGAUACAGCAGGUGGCAUGCAUACAUAAAUGCCAGCUUCAGUUAAAAAAUAAGCUUGAAUGAAAGAACUUUACUAGAAAAGAUCUCUGUCUGAGACCUCUCAAAGCUUUGCAAGUCAAAGUAGACAAGCAGGUGAACCAGUUUCAGUAUGAGGCCGCUCUGUAUAUGUAUAAGCUAGACUGAGUUAUUUAAAAGCCAAGGAACAAACCCAGAAUUAAAGGAGAUAAAUGCUUCUACUCUUUGGGCAGAAUUAACAUUCUGAAUAGAAGUAGAUAUUAUUGGAUUAUAUUGAUAUUACUAGGGGCUUAUGCCAUAGUCAAUAAAUCUGGAGUAGUUUAAAAUUUUAAUCUUCCAGUUGUGCUAAUUUAACCUUUUAAGAAUUCCAGCCUCUCGCAGUGAUAGCAUGUGGCAGGCAAGCCCAGACAGACAGAAGGUGGAAGGCGUAUGUGCCAGUUUAUCCUUUUUGGCUCAUAGUGAAGACUGAAACUUCUGUCAAGGGUCCAGAUUGUUUGGAUUCAGCUAUGAGUCAUGCAAGUAACGAUGCUGAGUUUCUUUCGACGAACGCUUGGGCGCAGGUCUAUGCGCAAACAUGCUGAGAAGGAACGGCUAAGAGAGGCCCAGCGAGCUGCAACUCACAUCCCGGCUGCUGGAGAUGAGAAAUCCAUAAUUACAUGCCGUGUCUCUUUGCUGGAUGGAACUGAUGUCAGUGUGGACUUGCCGAAAAAAGCCAAAGGACAGCAGCUGUUUGAGCAGAUCAUGUACCAUCUGGACCUCAUUGAAAAUGACUAUUUUGGAUUACGAUUCAUGGAUUCCGCACAAGUAGCACACUGGUUGGACAACACAAAGAGUAUUAAAAAACAAGUUAAAAUUGGUCCACCAUACUGUCUGCAUCUUCGUGUAAAGUUUUACUCUUCCGAGCCAAACAACCUACGCGAAGAGCUCACCAGGUAUUUAUUUGUUCUUCAGCUAAAACAGGACAUUUUGAGUGGCAAGUUGGAAUGUCCAUUUGAAACAGCUGUGCAGUUGUCAGCUUACAUGUUACAAGCUGAACUUGGUGACUAUGACCCUGCUGAACACAUCCCUGAUAUAGUUUCAGAGUUCAGGUUUGUGCCUGAGCAAACUGAAGACAUGGAACUCGCCAUUUUUGAGAAGUGGAAGGAAUACAGGGGGCAAACACCAGCUCAAGCAGAAACAAAUUAUUUGAACAAAGCAAAAUGGCUGGAAAUGUAUGGAGUAGACAUGCAUAUAGUCAAGGCAAGAGAUGGAAAUGAUUAUAGCCUCGGACUAACACCCACAGGAGUUCUUGUGUUUGAAGGAGAAACUAAGAUUGGAUUGUUCUUCUGGCCAAAGAUCACUAGGUUGGACUUCAGAAAGAAUAAAUUAACACUAGUGGUGGUUGAAGAUGAUGAACAGGGCAAGGAGCAGGAACACACUUUUGUCUUUAGGCUGGAUCACCCAAAGGCCUGCAAACAUUUGUGGAAAUGUGCAGUCGAGCAUCAUGCCUUCUUCCGCCUCCGUGGACCCGUCCAAAAAGGUUCCAGUCGGUCAAGCUUCAUUCGGCUGGGGUCAAGGUUCAGAUACAGUGGGAAAACAGAGUACCAGACAACAAAGACCAACAAAGCCAGAAGAUCGGCAUCUUUUGAAAGAAGGCCUAGCAAGCGAUACUCAAGGAGAACGCUACAAAUGAGAGGAAACACUCAUAAAUCUGAAGAAACUAGCCUUCCAAAUAAUGUUUUCAGCCAAAAUAAUGGAUCACAGCAAAACUGGAGUGCAAUGCCCGCCCUACCCUCUGUUACAGCAGUUCCUUCUGGGCCAGUCUUAGUUGAAAUAGAAAAUCUCCCACGGAGUCCUGGGACCAGCCAGCAAGACAAGAAAUGUGUCUGAAAUUGGAGGUUUUUCUCUUGAGCUCUUGGUUGCUCUGUCAGUUUCUUCCUUCCCACUGGUGAUUGUAAGGUGGUGAUACUUUAUUUUUUAAAUUCUGUUUUGCCUUAUUGGUAUGAUGGCCUGUCUUGCAUAAGCUCAGUAUAACUGCUGUACACAUGCUUUUUGGUAACAUUCUUGUGUGUGCCCUUUAGACUCCAGCUCCAAACAGCUCUGACUAUGCUUAAACAGCCUCCUAACGAUUUAUUAAGGAGUUGUCGCUUCUAAGAAUAUAAAUGGUGUAUUUAGAAAUGUGCACAGCUGUGAUUGUGCUAUGAAUUGUAGAACCUGGAAAACUUCAAUUUGCUCCCCUUCUCCUUCUAAAAUGGGUGGGGAGUUGUGGACCUCCAGAUGAUGUUAAACUCAAAAUCCUAUUAGCCCAAGCUGGUACAGCCAGUGAUCAGGGAUGAUGGGAGUUGCAGUCUAGCAGCAUAUUGCUCAAUAGGUUUUCCCUUUUUUAUACCCAGUACAAUUGCAAAGAAAAAUAAGUGUGCGGUGACUUCUAUUAAGGCUAUUUCUAUAUGUAGUUUCCUACAUUAAUAUUAAUUAAAAUUUCAAAGUGUGUAUAAUCACAUAUUGUAUAUACACAUCUCUUCCACUGAGAGAAACAUUUGCCAAUUUGGCUUCCCACCACAAGAACAUGCUGUAAAAUAGGCAAAAAUGAGUACAAUAUCAAUAGGGUGGUCAGAUACAAAAGACAGCAGAGUGUCUGCACUUUUAAUAGCUGUGUAAAAGAAGGAAUUAAUUAUAGCAGGUGCAGCUUGGUUGCCCUAGAUAUGCAUAUGGGCUACACACUCCUAUACCAUUUUGGAAGUUGCUGUUAUGAGCUACAGAAAGCUUAAUAGAUAAAGGGUUGUUUUUCACCAUAGUUCCUGUUCCAUCAACCCGUGGAUAUUACAGCUUUUCCAUCCAUGUGUUGCAGUGGUCCAGACCUUAGUGGCACAAGAACAUUAAACAUUAAAUGCUCAUUUUUGGCUUACUGCUCAUAGUAAACCAUGAGUGAUGGUUCUUGCACAGCACUAAGCCAACAUCUGGUUUUGUUUAAUGGUGGGAACAGCACAGCAGCAGUGGGAGAGGAGUAAGAUGGGCACUCAUGAGAAGCCUGCCCCAGUAUGCUGCUUGUUCACAUUAAACAGGUGUUUGUUUCUAACUAUGAUUUAAUGUUAUACAUGAACUCGGCAUGUAUGUAUGCAUUUUAACAGGUUGUGCUGCUAUUCUCAGGGGUCAGGGGAAGGGAAAGCAGUAAAGAAUUGUUUGGAGCUGUAUGGUCAAUCAAGUGUGUUGCGUUCAGUCUGAAGUUUGGAAUGAGAUUAAGCUGGAUGCAUUGAUGGAAUGUGUGUCUCUGCUUGGAGGAGAGCGACUUGAAUGUCUCGAUGCUGCCUAUGGGGCUUUCCUGCAUCAACCUCUUAUCCCUUUUAAUUGGUCUGGUCCCACAGCUUGGCUUUGGUCUUGCUCCUUUCACUUCAUGAGCCUUCUUUAGAGAAUUUUUAUUUAAGCUCAAAAUUGUUAGAACUAUGGUGCGUUGAACUUUUUAAUUUGGUAAAGGAUUUGGUAAAGGGAUGGUUCUUCGCAUGUAUGGAAAUGUGACUGUGUUUCAUUAUGUCAUUUUAAGACAUAAUUUAUGCUGCAGUGCUGACACUGCCACUCAAAAGGAUAAGCAAUGCAGCACCAUUCAGAGAGUUUACUAUGAGUUCACAUUUUUUUAUUGUGGAGGUUCCUAACCUAUUGAUUGUGAAAACAAGGAUAUUCAGUGUAAACGCCAAAGUUAGGUUUGCACUUAGGUUUUACAGGAUUAUCAAGGUUAAUUCCCGAUUAUAAGACACUAUUGAAAUCUUGCUCUGUGUUUAAGGGGCGAAUGAGGAGCCAGUAUCUUCUCAAAUUCACAUUCAAUUUCAAACGUGUUCUGUUGCUGCCUUGAUAGUGGAACGAAGCAGGUGUGGAGCUAGGAUGUCACUUGCAGGUGAUCUGUUUUCAGGGAUUACCAGCUCCCAUGUUUCUGUACAUGAGAGCAAAGAACAGGGCCAUUUUGAGCAGACCUGCCCAGAUGUUCCAAGUUCCACUCCUACACUCCAAUGUCUAGGCUAACAGUGUGAAACACCUGCAGGGCCUUGUAUAUGCAAAGACUUCCAUAAACUCUGGAACCCUGAAAAUUAUUACUGGCAGCCAUUAUGAUGAGCUGUUCAUAAAAUAAAGGUGGUGUUUGAAUUCAUGCGGCAAUGAACCAGAUCCUCAACAUAAGAAACAGGAGUUGAUUUGAUUUGAAAUUGCUUCUAAAGAAGGCUUCUUUGCAUUGGCUUGGUAUCUUGCAUGCUUUUCAAAUCUCCUUUACUCUAAUGUGCAUGUUCUUCCUGCGAUGCUGCUUGAUUGCAUAGUGAUGUGAUUUUAGUGGAACAUUACAACAGACAGAACUGUCACACUGUAUUUUCCAAAAUGGAAAAGUUGAUCAGUAGCGGUCUCACAACCAUACUGAUAAGCUUCCCCCCCCCCCCCGUCUUCAUUGGAUCAUUAUUGUACUGUCAGUAGAACUACAGGCUUUAGGGCACAAGCUUUGAAUAUGGUUAAAUAUUCAGCACACACAUAUACAUGCGUACACCCACACACUCCAAACCCAGCCAAAGACUACCAGAUAGUCAAACUAUUUAAGAAAAAACCCUCAGAAAGCUCCCCUCGUGUAUACAGUAGCACCAAACAUGGCAUGGUACUGUUGAAAAUAAUAGUUAUGACUGUUACUAAUUAUUAGAUUGAAGGAUUUAAGAAUUAUAAAAGUCUUGUUCAGUUGAGUUGCCUUCCUUAGCUGGAUUUGGCAGCAACACUCAAUUCAAUCAAGUGUUCUGAUCAAAUUUUAGUAGGAGUAAGUGUGGGAGACAGGAAGCCAAGCAAAGGUUUUUACUGAUCUCCUGCAUUCUCAGGCAGUUUCCUGGUCAAAACCCCCAUAGGCAUUAUCUCUUGCUGUCAUCCAAAAUGGGCCUUCCUAAGUUUUCUUUGAACACACUAAGCUUUUGGGAAGUGCUUCAUUCCAUUUUAAAAUCAGUGGUUAUGCCAAUAGGUAGGUGUAGAAGUUCAGAUCUAUAGAUGCAUUAAUGCAGUUAAUUUUAAAAUACUUAUUAUUAGGAAAUUUGGAAUUCAGAACAUAAAAGAAUGUGAUUCUGAAUCCAGCUAAAAACAAACUUCCCUUGAUGUGUAAUAUUAAGGAACCAAGUGUCCAAGGUAUCUUCAAUAUGGAGCAACUCUAGCUAAGCUCAUGGGCAUUAAUUAGCAGUAGAGCGGAGGAGGAAAAGCUAGCCCUUCCUCUUUCUGAAGCGCUAAAGAUUUUCUGUCAUAACAGGAUGGUUUUCCAAGGCCAUGCACUAAUCGGAACUGGGCAAGUCCAGGACAGCUUCAUUCAUUAACACAUUGUGUCUGUGUUAAUGCUGAAAAUUGCACACAUCCAAGAAGAUUGAUUUUGCAAUUUCCUAAAAUGAAAUUUGGGCACAGAAAAAUGGCAGAAGCCAUGCCAAGCAAGCAGGAUCCAGAUCAGUUAAUUCUGAAUAACAUGUGCAUGAAAUACUUUUAAUCUUGUUUUUCCCUGGCCAUGUUCGCAUGUCAUGUUAAACCAUGGUUUAAGCAUUAUGUGGAUAAGCCUUCCUGAGCUCAGAGUGUCAGGCUUCUGCAUUUUCCCUCUCCCUUCACUUGUGCAGUAAGGAUGAGGACUUCUGCUAUGUUAUCUUUUCUGCUUACCAUUGCAUAUGAACCAGAUGUCCUGGUUUAAAACAGAUAAUACAGUAAUUAGUUACACAGGCAAACUUCAUAAUCCAUGGUUUAAAGUUGGCUUGUUCAGAAACUAAUCAUGCGAACUGGGCCACAGUGUUUAUGGUGAGCUUCUUCAUCAUUCUUCUUUACUUCAGACUCAAAAACUAUUUUCUGAUAGGUCAAAGUAGUCCUCCUGUUAAGAAUAGUAUGUUUGUCCUAAACGUUUAACAGUGUCAUUUAAAUCCUUUAACGCUGCUGUGCCUAUCAGGUAUUUUGCUCAAAGAAGGAAUAUAGUGUUAAGUCUGCACAUUUAGGCAAAUUUAUAGCCAUUCAUAUUAUAGUAAGCCAUAGGGGCAGAACAUGAUAAGCCAGUGGGCUGGAUAGGUAUCCACAUUCAUUUCUAAUUUCAUUUUCUGAAUGGAGGAGAUGCCAUAUGAAAAAGUGGGGGAGUAUUCAAAUUAACAGUUGCAUUGGUCACUCUGAAACCAGCAUGACCUCGUAGCAGCGGUGGAGGGUUUGACUUGACAGUCCACAGUUUCAUUUCAUUAAACUGUAUUUGUAAGCUCCCACACAUUGUGCUUGCUGUUAAACAAGUUUGUUCUUGGUAGUCUGCCACUUCCUCAGCUGCCUCUGCUCCUUCCAUUCUCUCUCCUCAUUUGUGUCUAGAUACUAACUGUGCCUCAUCCCAUUCCCCAAACCAAUCCAGGCCCCAUGAUGCUGGUGACUGCUGUCAACGUGGUGGAAGUGCAUGGAACGCGUGGUCCCCACCCUCGGCCCACUCAGUGGAUAGACACCACUACAGUGACUUUGUCCGUGACCGCAAUGUGAAGAAUGCAGGAAUGUACAGAC